GACACCAAUCGCGAUAUCCUGGACUGACCUGUUGUUCCCAAAUAAUUAUGCUUCUCUUUUUCUAUCUCCAUACCUUUCCAGGUGGGCUAACCUGGACUUGAAAACUCAAGAAGCCUACGAGUUGGCUGUCAAAGGCCUCAUUCGGCCCAUGGACAAUAGCCCGCCUUUGAUCACGGCUGUGCGAUGUCUCCGAUUUGAUCCACCUGAAUUCCAGCUGGAAAUUCACUGCUUGCACGAGACCCAACAGUAUCUCCGCAAGGUAGUUCACGAAAUAGGGUUGGAACUGAAGACUACGGCGGUGUGCACCCAAGUGAGGCGGUUUCGGGAUGGCGUCCUUGUGCUGGAGGACGCGCUGCUGAGGACACAAUGGGACCUCCCUAACAUCCAGCGGGCAAUUUUGCAAGUCAAACAGAAAGUAGACGCUGAACUCGAAAGCAGUCUUGCACGCCUGAAGCCUGGGGUGGAGGGUGAAAGAGACCGAAUCUGACCCAGAUCCAGAAUUCAAUAGGAAAUUUGCUAGAAUUCUCGGAAUAUUGGGGAAAAGCCUGGUGAAACAUCCCGGGAAUUCCAAUUUUUAGCUUGGAUCAGAAAGUUCCAAGUUGGCAUGUUCCUUUCUAAACAACAUGCCAAGGAUAUUGCAAUUUGA